AAGUGCUCAUCUAAGUUUUCAAAAAUUUAAUGUUACAUCAAAAUACAGAGUGCAGCACUCGAAGAGACCUCCUAAGACGUUUGGAAACUCCAGCCAGAGAAAAGAUAAAGUGUACAGAUUUAGGCUUCAAAAAAUGAAGAAUUUCGAAUAUCUAAUCUGUAAAUGGAGGAAUUUCAACAUCUUAACUAUAUCAGUUAUCUUGGAUGACAUUAACCUGGCAGCGGAUGUCUCUAAUAGUUCAUUGUUAUACAGAUAUAACAAAAGGUGUAUGGAACGUUCUACCUCGAAGUUUUAUAAAACUGAUAAACAAUCUGAUUUACAACACACUUUGUUUGUACCAAAAAAGUAUUCUGGCAUAGCGAUUGGGAAAAGAUUGCCAAGGAAACAGAAUAUAAAGGAACGGGAUUUCUUGUUUUCAGUAUUCUUUUCAAAGAAUAGCACAACAUUUGCCAGCUAUGAUAAAAUGGUAUUUGAAAACAGAACAAGAACGAGAAAUUGCACUACUAUUCGUCCGAAUUUUAACUACAGUGGCGUUUCCUUGAAAGAGAAUGCGUCUUUAUCCUCAAAUAGUACAAGUAGUAUAUUCAUGUUCGAUGGAAAAUCAGAGGAUUACUUCAUACACAUUUUGAUGAAUGUUCUUUUCAUUUUAUUACUGAAGUGUAAAUAUAAACGUCUAACAUUUACAUCUUCAUUGGAUGAUGCAAAAGUAGAUCAUCAUCUUCAGUCUUUUUGCCAGUCAACAAAGUCCUCAUCACAGUGUGUAACAGGAACAUUGGAAGAAUUUGAUAAUAUAAGUAUUGGAUACCUUGAUCACACAGUCCAUGUGAAGAUUUUAGUAGAAGUUGUAUUUGAGGCAAUAAUCCUUGGCUAUUUUUGGAGAUUGCAUUUCAUUACCUGUUUUAGCAAUACAUUGAAAAGGAGUAGAGUUGGAUUAAAAUUGUUAAGUAAACAUAAUUUCAAAAUUCAAAUAAUGUCUUUAACAAUGCAUAUACAUAUACAGUAUAACUCUCCGACAAACGCAAAAAGCGAAUUACCUGUCCAAAAAUCAAACCUAUCAAACAUCAUCCAAGAUUGUAGAGAAGCAUAUGACGACGUUUGCAAAGAAAGAAAUACCUGUCAUUCUGACGAUAAUAUCUCGGAUGAUAGUUUAUUUUCAACCUUUUAUCCUUCGUUAUCGUUAUCUGAGACAGAAGAAGGCAAUGAAGGAGAUUGCAGUUUGAAAUUGGAAACUGCUUACUGCGUCGAUGCACAGACUAUGAAAUAUGUUAAAGAUUUAAGUAGAAAAAUUUCAGACAAUGUAAACAUGAGUAAAAAUAAUAUUUUGUAUGAUUAUGAUAAUUGUAAGAUACCGAAGAAUAAUACUGAAUUUUCCUCCGUAAUGUCUUCUGAGAACUGUGACACUGAACACACCUUUGUUAAACAUAAACAAAAUCUAACAAAUGAAGAUCGAGAAGACAAUGAAACAUCAUUAAAAACCAUUGGGAGUGAUUCUUCUGUUGAUGAAUAUUCGGAUUCCUCCUUGUCCGGAAACAUUAAUGAUUUAAAUGAUCUCAAUAUUUCCCCAAGAGAUGGGUCAAAAAUUGAAGCAAGUGUCAACAAUAAGGCAUUAUCAUUUGGUAAACCUUGCAGCAAAGAAAUGAAAAGAACCAUAGAUUGUGUGCUAAAUUCUACUGAAAUGAGUAACACCAAAAAAGUCUGUGAAAUUGGCCAUAUGUAUAAAUCUGAGUGUCCAUAUUUUGACUUUGGGGAUUGUGGCAGUUCGUUGGAUACAUUGUCUUUUUAUGAUUCAAAUAAAAUGGAAAGCAAAGGAAAUGAUUCGGUCGUGUUAUCCAGUUUACGGUCACUUCCAACAUCAAGCGGAUUCGAAAAUAUUGAAUGUUAUCACUGUUGUAGUGAUAUCAAACAAAACAAUUAUGAACAACUUAAUACCCCAGUUGAAGAAACGUUUGCUUUUUCUACUGCAAUUAAUAUUGUAACAAGUUCUUCAAAGUACAAAGAAUUGCACUGGAGUCCUAACACCACAAGCAGCAAUCGUACCUAUAUUGCGCAGGGUGUUCGAAAAUUCUUGAAAAAAUAUAGAAGUAGACAAAGAAGAAGACUGUUAAGGAGAAUAACACAAUGUACAUCAAGAGUGGAAAAUAUUAAAACAGAUAAAAUUAUUUGUAACCCAUUAUUUACAAAGGAUACGUAUUCAAAUACCACGGAUCAGAGAGAGGCCAGUCAGCCCGAGCCCGAAAUCGCUCCAGUCCGUUACCCCCAAAACCAUACAGCUGGAAUUCAGACUGAUGUAUACCAGUUAUUGGAUUAUGAGAGUAGUUUAGGUACACUGUCGUCGAUUUUUAACGAUAUUUCAAUACAGAGCUUAAAUGAAAAUGACGGAUAUCAAUAUGAGUGGAUUCGAUUAGCAUCUUUUACGAAUUUUUCAUCUGAAACUGUACAUGCUACAAGACUGGCCAGAAGUGGGUGGUACAGCACGGGAAAUGGGGAUCAAACGACAUGUUUUAGCUGUCACAGAGUUCAUGAAAACUGGACCCGUAGUGAUGAUCCAAAUGGAAAUACGCUUCAUGAUCCAGAUUGCAGUUUCAUGCUACGAAUAUCAAACAACAGGCCAAUACCACGGGAGUCUACAGUUCACCGAGAUCUCAGCAGUGAAUCGUUGGUCACCCAAAACAGCACUCAGGAAUAUACUCAAAGAACAAAUCAACAGAUAAAUUCAGGAAAUUCGGGAAACACCACAAUUUUACCGUCAAAUUUAUCGUCGCAAAUUUCUUUGCCGUUUGAAAAUGGACUUAACGGGAAUAGUUCAGAAAGACCCUCCUUCAUACAGAGACCUGUAGCAGAAGCAACGUCAUCAGAAAGAACGAGAGAAACACAACUGGAAGCCUUAAUGAGAGACCCCAUGGGGAUCAAUUUUGACCGCCCUAAGUACCCGUCCUACGCCAUUCUAGCUGUCAGGAUUAGCUCCUUCACUGAUUGGCCGGCAGCUAUGACACAAACUCCACGUGAUAUGGCUUUGGCCGGUUUCUUCUUCGCUGGAUACGGGGACUACACACGCUGUUUUUUCUGUGGUGGAGGCUUGAGGAAUUGGGAGGCAGGAGAUGACCCAUGGGUUGAGCAUGCUCGAUGGUUUAGUAAAUGUGCAUUUGUGAGACAAAAUAGAGGACAGCAGUUUAUUGACCUAGUUCUAAGAAGAGCGGCUGAGAUAGAACAACAGCAAACGGAAAACCAAUGUGAAGAGGCAACCGAAAACAAAAAAGCAAAGGAAGCGAAGAUAAUGAACUCAGCUGCUGUACGCAGUAUUAAAGACAUGGGAUACGGUGAAGACAAAAUAAAAGAAGCAAUAGACACGAUUAAAAGCCGUCUUCCAAAAGGAAAACAUAAAGUGUCUGCACAUGAAAUUCUUGAAGUUUUGUUUGAACUGGCAGAUACGAGCAGCAUAAGGGUAACACAACAUUCUGAACCAACUGUACAACAUACAGAACCUACUGUAAGGAGUCAGAGCUUUGAACACCAGUCUUCAACAAAUCUCAUGGCCAAUACCAGUGCAGAAGAAGGUGCAACAUCCGCUGUUAACAACUUAACACUGAAUGAUCUGGAAUCAUUGCAGCGUGAGAACACAAGUCUUAAGGACCAGAUUAUCUGUAAGAUAUGUAUGGAGAAGAACGUGUCCAUAGCUUUCCUGCCGUGCGGUCACUUAGCCUGCUGUGCGGACUGUGCGCCUGCCAUGAGGAAGUGUCCCAUCUGUAGGGAGUUUGUCAGGGGCACUGUCAAAACCUAUCUUGUGUGAAUAUUCCAAAUAGAUACAAGACAUUAAAAAUGCAUCCUAAAUUUUGUUUUAAGGAAGAGCCAUACUCCUGUUAUUUUCUGUGGGAAAUUUUCCAACUUUGAUCUUUAUUUAACUAACUCACAUAAAACAUAUUUAUGGGAGAGGGAAAAAGCCAUUGCCAACGUAUUCUCUUUUUUAUAGCAUAGCCUUUUAGGUCAAGGAUGCAGUCCAAACAUGCUGUGGCAAAAUGUGUUUCAGAUAAAUUAAUACUGUGAAAUCACUAAUUUUCGUUAUUUUCGAGGUAUAAAGAGAACCAUGAAUUUAUUUCGACCUCAAUAUGUAAAAGUUCAUAUUUAUAUAACUACCCAGCAAUUGCUUGUGCACGAAAUCAAAUCCCUAAAAACCCAUAUUUUUCCUUAAACCUCUAAAAUUUGACUCCAUGAAAAUUACGCGAUUUUACAAUAUUACGCUGUAUAGAAAAGAACGAAAAGAAAGACACAUAUAAUGAAUGAAUGACAUUAACACUCCAUUCAUAUGUCGACUCGAUAAAUCCCAGUGAACUUGUAAUAAAAUAUACCACACAGUCUGACAAAUCUGCUUCAUAUGAGGAUAUUUUAAUAGAAAAAGAUGUUAAUGGUAAACAAACAACAAAACCUAAUGAAAAACGUGAUGACUUCAACUUUAAUUUCGAUCUUCAACCUCCCUUACUUAUGUAGCAAUACACCCUUAGCACCUGGAUAUGGGGUUUAUACCUGAGAGAUUAUUUGAUGCACAAGACCAUGUUCUACGUAUGAACAAUUUCUAAAACGGGGCAACUUAUCGACAAACAAGUUGAUGAAACAAGGAUAUCAACAGUCCCUUUGAAGUAACCAAUUCCCAAGUUCUUUGGUCGAUACAAUGCAAUAAUGUCUGCAUAAAUAAAAUCAGACUGACGUUUCCCAUACUUAUUGUUGGGUCAUUAUUUAAACACUGAAUUGUCAAUUGAUCUUCCUGUUUGCCAGAUCAUGACAAGGAGCACACAGCGGAUGUGACCGGCCGACAGGGGAUGCAACUCCUCCAUUGCACCUGAUUCCUCCUCCGAUAAUUUUAGAGGCAUGUGUUUGCUCUGCUUCAAAUUUGUACAUGUAUUGUUUGAAUAGACUUUUGAAUUUG